CAUCAAAAACUUGGACCACAAUCACAGUUCAAUCCAUGCAGAUUAAAUCAUAAUAAUAACAUAGUAACAGGAUUCAAAAUGUCCUUAUAAAUAAUAACCCAUCCACCACCCAUGAAUCCAUUACUCAAUCUCAUUAAUUCAUUCUCUUUGCCUAGUUUCUCAUUUCCAAUCCCCAUACCAAAACCAUAGCAUAGAAGUUCAUGGCGACCCCUCCCAAUAGACUCUCUCUUGCCAUGGAGAGAACAGGGCAAUGGAUUUUCUCUCAAGAAAUCCCUACUGAUGUUAUAGUUGAAGUUGGAGAAGCAUGUUUCAGUCUCCACAAGUUCAUGUUGGUGGCAAAGAGCAACUACAUCAGAAAACUAAUCAUGGAAGCAGAAGAGACUGAACUCACUAGAAUCGAUCUCUCUGAUAUACCAGGAGGUUCUGGAAUCUUCGAGAAAGCAGCUAAGUUCUGUUACGGCGUUAACUUCGAGAUAACGGUCCAUAACGUCGCCGUUUUGCGAUGUGCGGCGGAGUUUCUCCAGAUGACUGACCAGUAUUGUGACAAUAACCUUGCCGGCCGGACAGACGAAUUUCUCUCUAAGGUCGCCUUUUUCACUCUUACCGGCUCAGUCACCGUCCUCAAGUCCUGCAGCUACCUUCUCCCCUACGCCGAAGAUCUCAACAUCGUUAAACGAUGCGUUGAAGCCGUCAGUGCCAAGGCUUGCAGCGAGGCGAAUUUCCCAAGCCGCUCGCCGGCGAGCUGGUGGACGGAGGAACUAGCCGUUCUUGACAUCGAUUUCUUCGGGAGAGUCAUCACAGGUAUGAAGCAGCGCGGCGCCAAGUCGCCAACCCUUGCAAGCGCGCUGAUUACCUACACGGAGCGAUCGCUCCAGGAGCUAGUCCGGAAUCACUCCGGCAACGGGAUUCAGUCAUCAGAUUUUUGCAAUUCAGAUUCCAGAGCGAAACAACGCACGCUUCUGGAGUUCAUUGUUGAUCUCUUCCCCGCCGAGAAAGCGGCUUUUCCGAUCAACUUCCUUUGCUGCCUCCUCCGUUGCGCGAUCUACCUCCGCGCCUCCACCAACUGCAAAAGCGAACUCGAGAAGCGGAUCUCGGCGAUCCUAGAACACGUAACGGUGGACGACUUCCUCGUGCUGUCGUUCUCCUACGACGGCGAGAAACUCUUCGAUCUGGAAAGCGUACGCAGAAUCGUAUCUGUAUUCGUGGAGAAAGAGAAGAGCGCGACGGUUUUCACACCUGGCGACCUCAAAGUACCUUGCUCCAGCGCUAUGCAUCGCGUGGCCAAAACCGUCGACGUGUACCUCGCCGAAAUUGCAGCGUACGACGAACUCACCAUCUCAAAGUUCAACGGCAUCGCUAUUCUAAUUCCAAAACACGCGCGUAAAGUCGACGAUGACCUAUACCGCGCCGUGGAUAUCUAUCUCAAGGCUCACCCGAAGCUAGAUGAAAUAGAAAGAGAGAAGGUGUGUAGCGUGAUGGAUACGUUGAAGUUAUCUUACGAAGCGCGCGUGCACGCGUCGCAGAAAAAACGGUUACCGGUGCAGAUUGUGCUCCACGCGCUGUAUUACGAUCAGCUGCGGCUGAGAAGUGGAUCCGACGACGGCGACACCGCUGCGACGAAGAAGAACAGGUUGAAUACAGAUGUAUCGUUGGUGAGGGAGAAUGAGGAAUUAAGAUCGGAGUUGGCGAAGAUGAAGAUGUACGUUUCGGAUAUGCAGCAAAAGAACGUUUCUCAGGUACAUGGGACGACGUCGUCGCAUUCGACGAAGAAGACAAAGUUCUUCUCUUCUGUUUCGAAAACGCUAGGAAAAUUAAACCCUUUCAAACAUGAGGCCAAGGAUACGACCCAUUUAGAUGAUGGGCCUGUGGAUUUGAUAAAGCCCAGAAGGAGAAGGUUCUCUAUUUCUUAAAUGGGCCUGGAAAAUUCCUUCAUAUACUAGAUGCUUACUGCUUCGGGUUUGGGUGGGUUUUCCUUGUUAACUUUAUGAUCUAUGUUGCUUUUAUUAUACGAUGAUGAUGAUUUUGUAAUUUUUGUUGAAUACAAUAUAAUAUUUGUAAUUUUCAUAUA